AAACCAUCUAGAAGACCAAAAAUUCCAGGUGACCAAGAAGAAUCAUAAUCUGAGAUCAAAGGAUGUCGUGGGUAUCUGCAAAUUUAGCAAAUCUCUGCCCACCUAAUUCCAGUUGUCAACCACCUACCUUUAUGUUUCUCACACUGGUCGCUAGUCUCUUUGGUCAUCCUGAAGUCUCGUAUCCAAAUAAAAAUAUAGAGAAAGACUAUGAUUUUAUUAUUGUGGGAGCUGGAUCAGCCGGAUGUGUCGUUGCAAACAGAUUAAGCGAAGUGAAACAUUGGAAGAUAUUAUUAUUGGAACCUGGUAUAGAAGAACCAGAGGUAGCUGAUAUUCCUGCUUUCACCCCUACAUUACAACGAAGCAAUAUCGAUUGGAUGUAUAGAAUGCAACCGGAGCAGCAUUUUUGUCGAUCCAGAAUAAAUGGAAGUUGUGCGGUGCCAAGGGGUAAAGUGAUGGGUGGUACCAGUACUAUCAAUUACAUGAUGUAUGUUCGCGGUAAUCCAAAAGAUUAUGAUGGAUGGGCAGAUGCAGGAAAUCGUGGCUGGAGCUACACAGAAGUUCUACCAUAUUUUCUGAAAUCAGAAAAUAAUAGGGAUCCACAGAUAGUGGAAGACAAUCCACUCUAUCAUAACCAACAUGGUUACCAAUCGGUACAACGAUUUUCAUAUGUCGAUAUUAACGCCGAGAUCUUGCUGAAUGCGUGGCAAGAACUAGGUUACAAAGUCGUGGAUGUCAACGCAAAGAACCAACUAGGUGUCAUGAAGGCACAAACGACAUCCGCUAAUGGAACACGCCAAAGCACUAACAACGCUUUCAUACGACCCAUCAGAAGCAAACGCAAAAAUUUAACUAUCAAAACAGAAUCAUACGUUACGAAAUUGGUUGUAGACAACAAAACAAAACGUGUAACAAGCGUCGAAUAUACUUCAGGAAACAACCGAACUAAAUUAAAUACAGUUUUUGCUAGAAAAGAAGUGAUUCUCUCGGCUGGAUCGAUUAAUUCACCAAAAAUCCUCAUGCUGUCUGGAAUUGGACCAAGAGAAGAAUUAAAGAAACACGGCAUUGAAGUAAUUAAUAUUUCAUCAGUUGGAAGGAACUUUCAAGAUCAUGUAGGAAUGUAUCAUCUAGUAACUGCACUGAAUUUUACUUCCACGAAUAAAAAUAUUUUCAUGAAGGAGGAAGAUAUUUUGUCUUAUCAGAAGACACAUAGGGGAAGACCUUUAUCUACAACUGGUACAUCUACGGUUGCUACUUUCUUGCAAACAAUGUUCCAAUAUGAGCGUGAUAUGCCUGAUAUUGAAGUUUUUUCUUUUGCAACUAAUCAAAAGGAUAUUUUAAAUAAUCCAGUCGAAUCUUUUGAGGGAACUAUUGAUCCAUCAUCUUAUUACGAUGCUAUAUCUAUUAAUCCAAUUUUAUUGUCACCUAAAAGCAGAGGAUUUAUAUUGUUAAAUGAUAGUGAUCCUUUUUGGGCUCCACCUUUAAUUUACCCUGGUUAUUUUACAAAAGUAUUGAUAGAAGAGGUGGAAGCAACAUUAAAAUUAUUUGAUACAGAAUCGUUUAAGAAGAAUGAUUUUAAGUUGAUGGAUAAGCCUUUACCUGCUUGUAGACAAUUCGAGUUUGGUGUUAGAGAUUAUUGGAAAUGUGUGAUAAUGGAGUAUACUGCGAGUUUAUACCACCUAGUUGAGACUUGUAAGAUGGGGCCAAAAUCGGAUUCUGAGGCUAUCGUGAAUGAGAGUUUGAAGGUUUAUGGGAUCGACGGUUCGAGAGUUGUGGAUGCUUUAAUUAUGCCAAAGAUUGUUAGAGGUAAUACGAAUGCGCCUACUAUUAUGAUCGCGGAGAAAGCUAAUGAUAUGAUAAGGAAGAUUGGUUGUCUGGCAGGAUUUAAAUUAUACGAUGUGGAGUGGAUUAAAUAAAGCUUAAUUGUGAUAUUAAUUGUCUCUACUUAUG